GAGCUAAAAGAAAUCCAAGAGGGAAAAAAAAGAAUGUUUGAUAACACACAAUACCCUUAUAACUGCUUUAAUUAUGAUGGAGAGGAUUACCCAGCCUGCACUUCAGAUGAAGAAAAAAGAUUCACCAGACCUGCUUACAGCUACAUAGCUUUAAUCGCCAUGGCCAUUCAGCAGAGUCCUUCCAACAAGGUGACUCUUUCUGGCAUCUACGAUUUCAUUAUGAAGAAGUUCCCGUACUAUCGGACGAAUCAACGAGCCUGGCAGAAUUCCAUUCGUCACAACCUGUCUCUCAACAGCUGUUUUGUCAAGGUUCCCCGAGCCGAAGGCAAUGACAAAGGCAAAGGAAAUUACUGGAGUUUUGCCACCGGGUGUGAAUCCAUGCUGGAUUUGUUUGAAAAUGGGAAUUACAGGAGGCGAAGGAGGCGGAGUGUGAAAAGGGAUCAAAGGAUGGCUGGAGAAAAAGCUGCCUUGCCUACUUUGUCUUCCGCCGAUUCCGUCUUUCCCGAAAUCUCCUGCCCUGGGGAGAGUUUGGAAUCCCAACCGCUCCAAUCUUCAGAGCCCGGUGAGUUUUUUCCAAGAGCUGCCGCCAGCCGACAGAGCCCAAACAUCGGAAAAUCUGACUCCGAAAUUAAAUUUAGCAUUGAUUACAUUCUUUCAUCUCCAGACCCACUGCCAGUCCUGCGAUCCCCAUACCAUGUGCAAGAUAAUAAAUACCACCUCUUGGAUGUUCAACAGGUUCAGUUUUGGACAUUGUGA